GAGAAGUGACCUUUGCGUCACUUCCUCUGCACGCCAUAACGACCCGAGCUCCUUCAGAGAACACUUCGCUGUGCUGUAGCAGACAAAAUGCCGCUGAUCCGCACCAUCGCCAGCCGCGCUGCCCCCGUCCUGCGGGGACACACCAUCACCCAGAGGGCUAGUAUAAACAGCAGCGCGCCCAAAGGACAGGUCGGCGCUCUGGAAACUGUCGUCGGACUCGGCCUGUUCACCCUGGCCUUCCUGGGACCAUCUGGAUGGGUUCUGGCCAACCUGGAGAGCUACAAAAGUAAAGAAUAAAGUGGACAUUUUAGCAGUCUUACCUGGUCUAUACCAGCUUCCUGUCUCCAGUGACAACCUGGGACCAUCAUCAUCAUCAUCUUCAUUAUGUUCCACUGCAGAGAUAAAUAUGGAACAGGUUUUACUUUCACUCUUCUACCUCUCUGACAGUUCACUCCAGAUCCCAGAUACAAACCAACACUUGACUCUUGUGCAUUGAAUAAGUUGAAAAUUGUAUUGUACAUUUUCCCUCUCAAGGAGUAUGUUACAAGAUAAAGUUUUACAAACUUAA